CAGAAGACGACAGCGACGACGAAGAAAUCAUCCAAUUGCCCAGCGUUGGUGGGACACCGCACGUCUGUAUCCAGGGUGUCGAUCAGAACAACGUCACCUACAUGGCUAGAAACACGACUCCGCGAAACGCCUACCGGCUCAUGAGCUGGCCUCGGAAAUCAGGUCCCAAUGCGCACAGCAGAACUACCAUUUCCAGCGAACGAGUCCCCUCCCGAACUUCGUCCAGAAACGGACAGCAGUUCUAGGAGACCGCAUUGGGUGCAGACUCGUUGCUGUUGCUUUCUUGCUAAUGCUUCACUCUCUUGAUACCCCUGUCUUUGACAAUGAUACCCCUCGCCGUGUUCCCGAAAGGAAACAUCGUCACGUCCGCUCUCUUACAACCUAUAAUCCUUAAUCCGUUCCUCGCAUCCCUUCAUUUGAUAGGAUAGUCUCAUCCAACAUAUUUCGAUCCCUACAACCCCAUGAGUGAUACCUCUUUGUCUACCCAACACAGACAGCUCAGGCGCUCUUUCAUCUCUUCUAUACAAACCACAGUCCUUUUACUUUGCAUACGGCUUUCAACUUUCAUCUCUUAUCCAGUCAUUCCAUCAUUCAUUCCUUAUUCUCUGCAUGGAUUUCGCAUAUUUUUUCUACACUGCAUCUCUCUUUUCAAGCGUCCUAGCGCUCACUCUUCUGUAUCCUUCUCUGACUAUCGAGCUGUCACACUCACUUGCUUUUUCCAUCCAUCACCAGCGAAACUACUGAGUAGACAACGAAUCCUUAUCACCACCUAAAAAAUAAUUAUAAUGCAAAAAGACUACAAAAAAGAGACUUAAGCAAUUACCAAAAAC